AUGGCAAUGAAGGGAGGCGGACAUGCUUUUAAGCAAGAAGACUUAGAUGCAGCGUAUCUUUCGGACGAAUCUGAUUUCUACGGUGACGAAACUAUGAGGCAAGACUUUGAAGAGCGCGCAAACAACUUCAAUCCAGAAGAAUGGUGGAAACAUAAAGUUCCCUCCCUCAUGGAAAUUGCAGAGUUGAAUAUCGAAACUGCAAAAUUACAACAAACUGCUACUCUUUACAACUAUUACCAAGGAACCCCCGGCGGCCGGCAACUUGAAGAAACCGUGGCGGAGUUCUUGAGACGACUUCCUCCCGCAGCAACUCCUUUAUCGGAGCAACUUCCAUGGAUUCGGAUCUGCAACCCGUAUCGAAAGGUUCCCAAGCAGGCUGAGCAGAGGACUGUGGGAAACGACCUUACUGCAGAAGGACCGCCUGACGAGGAGAGUGAAUGGGCAAGGUUUGUUGUUCAAGGCCAAAGGCUCCUAGAGAAGCUGUUAGUAGUGAAGAAUGAGAUUGAGGAGAGGAAACUCCGCCAGGCAAAAAGCACGAUUACCAAGGCGGCAAAUGCAGAGAAAAACAAGAUUGUGAAAGAAAUCCUCGACACUGCAGCCAAGUUGCACUGCACUUCAGGAAAGUGGAUGAUAUUCUGCCCACCUGAAGAAGUCAAUGCCGUUUGGUCUAUUGUGGCUCGUGCUACCGCCGAGAAUGACCUCGGAAUUGCAGCCAAAGUGGCCCCUGAUGAUGGAAACAACAGGAAGCCACGACUUAUCUGCAUUUAUACCAAGGAUUUUACAGACAGACAAGAUGUUUCUCGAGUUAUCCACAAGCUAAAGAGUCUUGGCCUCGUCGACGCGACGAGCAAUAAAUCCAUAUACUACAAAUGUGAUGCGUAUACAUAUCUUGGCCUUAAUAGUGCCAAUCGGUAUGGCAUUCAGGCAUCGCUUUACGACUCCCGAGAAUUUUUGAAGCCAAAAUCCAACGACUCCAAGGGCAUGAAAGAUGGAAAGGUUGAUGGAUACUUUUAUAAGCAGAAGAAAGACGAGGACAGUUGGCGCUCUGUGGGUUUGGAGUGA